UUGGUAGCAUUGUUUUUAAUGAACGAGUAGAAAAAAAAUAGAAUCGCAUGAAAAUAUUGAAAAUUUUCGACCGCUCCCGUUUUAUUUUUAAUUCUAGUGAGUAAAUUAAUUUGAUUUAUUAAAUUCGUUUAUUGUCGACGUGCAUCGCAAAAGAACAACAAAUGUUGUAUAAUUGAAGUGAACACCCGUGCUGAUGACUGACAGUGGUUAAGUUCAUUUUUUUUUAGUUUUAACAAAUCUCUUUUUAACCCAAAGAAAUCCAAUUUCAAAUUGAAAUUUAUGUAAUUUGAUAUCGAAAUUAGUGUGUGUAGUGCAAAGGAAUUUCGCGGGUGAAUAUUGAAUAACCAUCACAAUUAGCACCACGGAGUCAGAAAAAAUUUCAAUAUGUCGUUUGAUACACGCAACAAUUCGGCUAUGUAUAAACGGGCCGAACAAUUAAAGCGCUGGGAAGAAUCGGAUACAAAUCGAGAACCACCAGAGCCGAAAAAUUUGAGCAGCAGAAAAAUCAAAUUUUCGUCGGGAUGUGUGUUUCUAGCUGCAUGUAUGUCGGCUGAUCGAGCUGAAGUUUUACGUUUGUUGGACAAUGGCGCGGAUAUUGACACCGUCAAUGUUGAUGGAUUGACAGCAUUGCAUCAAGCUUGCAUCGAUGAUAAUCUCGAAAUGGUCGAGUUUUUAGUUCAACAAGGUGCCGAUGUGAACCGGCAAGACAAUGAAGGCUGGACACCAUUGCAUGCCACAUCAUCUUGUGGAUUUCUUAGCAUAGCAAAUUAUCUGAUAGAAAACGGCGCUGACCUAGCAGCUGUUAGUGGCGACGGUGAAUUAGCCAUCGAUGUGGCUGAAUCGAAUCGCAUGGAGGAAUUGUUACAGAAAUAUAUAAAUGAGAAAGGAAUCGACUGUGAUGAAGCUCGGCAAAGUGAAGAGCGUCAAAUGCUAACUGAUGCUAAAAAUUGGUUGCGAGGUGACGCAUCUAAAGCUGAUGAACCACAUCCACGCACUGGUGCGACAGCGUUACAUGUAGCUGCAGCGAAAGGUUACAGUAAAGUUUUAAGUUUGUUGCUGGCCACACGUGCGGAUGUGGACAAACAAGACAAUGAUGGCUGGACUCCAUUACAUGCGGCUGCUCAUUGGGGACAGAAGGAAGCUGCACAAAUGCUAGUAGCCGCAUUAGCGGAUAUGGACGUUAAAAAUUAUGCUGGUCAAACACCUAUAGAUGUUGCUGAUCCGAGUAUGAUUCGAUUCUUGGAAGAUCUGAAAAAGAAUAACAAACGUUCGAAAAGGCGUCCAAUCAGUCAGAUUCGCAUCAGUGACAACAUGGACAAUCACAUCGAAACGCCGUCGAAAGUCAUUCGGGUCGAUGGCAAUGAGAUUAUAGUUUAUAAAAAUGCUUUCCUAACAUUUCAAUUGCUGCGCAAAGGAGAAAAAAUCAGAUUUUUGGAACAAAUAUCUGAAUCAGACAAUUUCAGUGGCGACGAGUCUGACGACACAGAAUCGACUGAAAGUUCCCAUUCGACUAGUAUAUCCGACAGUUGUGUAGAAGACAAACCGAAACCUCCAACCGAACCGGCUGCGCUUGUUCCCAAAGACAGUAAUUCCGUUGCUGAAGACGAUGCUCCGUGGCGUCGAAGCGGUUCUUUAAGAACACGCGCUCAGCAAGAAAGUCCACCAAAAACAAAUGUUCCUGAAAGAGAAUCAGUACCGGCAGACUCAGAUGUGAUUUUAAGACGAACCCAAAGCUUCGAAGAAGAUGAAAAAUUUUAUAAGAAAUACAUAGAGCUCAGAGCUCGGAUAAAGGCGAAUUCGUGUCCAGUGCUUCCAGCAUCGCCAGUUAGUGGCGUCGGCAUCGGUGUAAAUAAUUCAGCAAAUAAUUACUCAGUACAAAGAUCGUCUUCGUUAAAAGACCACAGACAAUUAAGGAAAACUGUAUUAACGCCAAUCGUUAGCAGCCCAAGCACAACAACCCCGCCAGUAGUCACACAGCCGGGACAAGUUCGCAGACCGGCCGUUGAAGAGCUCGUAAAGUCCAAAUUCAAUAGCGUAAAUAAUUUGGCCAUCACUGCACCAACACAAAAAAUGCCAGCAAAUCGACCAGUUAUUGGUGGCAGUGCCCUUGCACUGGACAAAAUUAACGAACAACCACCGAUGCCACGAAACGCGUCUAGCGUGGUUGAUUUGGUCAAUGCAACAGCAGCUAAGAAUGGUGACAAAGAAUUGACUCAAACGUCGGCUAAUAAUAAUAAACGAUUAGCGGACGAAUUGAAACAAAUUAACAAUACAAAUACCGAACCGGCUACGAUUCGUAGUAAAUUUACACCGGGGAACAUUUUCAAAAAUUUCUUCAAAUCCUUCGUGCCGCCGGUGCGUGAUGAAGAAAGCGAGACUCAGCGCAAAGCACAUGCGAAACGUGUUCGUGAAACUCGACGAUCGACUCAAGGUGUUACAUUGGAUGAAAUCAAAAGUGCUGAAGAAUUGGUCAAGAAGAAGAACAUGAAUAACAAUAAUAACGACAGCGAAACUCCCACCUCAACCGCAAUUAACGACAGAGUACCUACUAUACAAACAACUGAAGGAAAUAUUUCCCAGCAAUCGUCAACCGAUGUACAAUCAACUUCUCCUACCGAUCAUGUAACUGCCACCUAUACAAUAAACGCACCGACAUCAUCGGCUCGUGUCGACGACAAAGUUACAGCAACAUACACAAUAAACCCGCCACCAACAUCAACAUCACCAUCAUCAAACACUGUUUCCUUUUCGGCUAUCGUUCCAAUAGCCAAAUCUGUCAAUGAAUCCAAAGAUACGGAACUGGUCGAAUCAACGAUAUCAGCUACAAUAAAUGUGCCUCCACCCAGCAACGCAAAGACUGAUUUGGAGAUGCUCACGAAGACCGCUUCUCCGACGAUAGCGCAAACCAAUUUUAAAUUUGAUAGUUCCCGGUCCAGUGACACAACAGAAGAAUCAACGAAACCGGUCGAAAAUGAUGUAAAAUUGGAAUUUCCCUUUACCAAAUCCCAUCGGGAUAAACGAUCACUGUUUGACAUGGAUAAUGCUGCGUCAUUAUCUCUGGCGGAAAAGUUGCGUAACGAAGCUAACAAGUACUCCAACAAUGAUGUGUCGUCAAUUGUUGGAAAUAAGCAUUUAAGUGGAAAGGCGGAAGAUAAUGAAAGGAAAAGUGACUCGACCCCGUCGUCACCAGCUCAUCACGGUAUGGCUGCUGAACGACGACCGUCUUGGAGACUGAAAUUCGACGCCGGAAGUAAGUUCAAAUUGGAAGACGUGCCAGCCUCGAAUAUCACAUCGACAUCAAACAACAUAAUUUCAUCGAAUAACACAACACCAGUUGGAUCAACGAUUAGCCAACGGAGACAGAUCAAUAGCAACUCAAAUCCAUCGCCUCCAACUGAAAGACCGGUCUCUGCUCCUGUUAUCUCAACGGCGAAUAGUGAACUAUCGAAUGACCGAACUAAGGAAAAUACCAGUGAAGUGACAUUAUCAUUGAGGCGGCCAAAGAGUAGCAGUGAAGAUAAAGAAAAUGACAAGGAGAAUGAUAGCCGCACGGCACAGGCAACGCAAGCUGUAAUACAGAGACGACGAAGACCAAAGAGACGAUCUACAGGAGUUGUUCAUGUAGACAUGGAUGACAUUGACCCAGAACGACAGGACGGUGAUAUUGAUGACAAAGAGAGUGGCUCUGAAAGUCGAACAUCCAGGUCAAGACUAGGAUCGACAAGUUCGCUCGCUUCUGAACAGAAUGACGCUAAGAGUGAUUCGGCGGCUGAAAAUGGUGACAUAGACUAUAAGGCAUUGUAUGAGGCUUCCAGACUGGAAAAUGAAAAGUUAAAAACCCAACUCAAGAAGAAGGAGGACGAUCUAAGCACAGCUAAAGCAACAGUCGAUCGAUUUACAAACGCUACAACAAAAAAUUCGCUCUCUGAACUAGAGAAACGUGAACGACGAGCUAUGGAAAGGAAGCUGUCUGAGAUGGAAGAAGAAUUAAAGCAAUAUGAAGCUCUUAAAACGGAAAACCAACGAUUAAAGGACGAAAACGGAGCAUUAAUCAGAGUUAUUAGCAAAUUAAGUAAAUAAAAUUUUAAAAACAUUUGAUAAAUUCUAAUCAAAAUAAAAAAAAAGUUUAAGAAAAGAAAAAAACUUCAAGUGAAAUACUCUUCUCCUAAAAAAAAUUCAUAAAAGUAAAAAUCAGCAUAUAUUUACCCUACAUCAUACAUACAUCUUUUUAUCAUAAAAUAAUUUACAUUUUUUUGUGUUUCUAUUUUUGUUCGUUUAUUAUUAUGUUUGUAAAUAUUUUAGCAUUAACAUUUUUGAUGAAAAUAACGAAGUCAAUCAGAGUGUGGUUGCCUGGCCUAUUUUAUAUUCGAUAACCGUUUACAAAUAUCAUUCGAUAAAAAAAAAAACAAUUUCACUGAAGCCUAAUUUAGUCCUUCAUAUUUAUAGUUAUAUUCAUUUUGUUGCGCAGAAAGAGAAUGGUGGCUUCUUUAUCUUCUUGUUCAAUAAAACACAUUUUACGUUUUUAAGCAAAAAAAAAUUGUUUGAGUCAAUUUUUUAUAUUUUUGGUAAGCCCACAAUCUUCGAUCCGUUGGCAAUGUUCUGUUUUUUUUUUUUCGACAACAGGAUUCAACCAUUGCUCUAUGAGUAAUUUAUUAAAUUAUAAAAUUGAAGAAUCCUUUAAAAUUUUGCGUUACAAGCUUUUCAAUUCUUUGAGCCGACCGCACGGGAAGCGUAUCUCAAUUAAACGAUUCAAAUUAUCUGCUUCGUUUGCUCGAAGAAAUCGCAAAUUGUUUUUUUAUCGAAUCUUGUACUUGAUUCGUUCAAACAAAUAUUUCACGAUAUGAGAUGAUGUUAACCGGAGUAAUCGGAUAUUUUUUAUUAUUUUUUUUUUGUUUCCUAUAAUUAGCAGUUCAUAUCCGAUAUUAUCAACCAGAACUUCAUUCAUUUGCCUUUCAUAAAUCGUUCACCCAACAAUCAUUUCAGACUUUCACUCAUAUGCUUCGUGGUCUCAUUGAUCCAUUAAUUUUCCUCCAUAAAAUCGAAAACUUGAAAAUAAAAAUCCAAAUUAUAAAAGCUGGCAGUUGUUGCUUAAUUUAUCCCUGUGUAUCAUAAGCGUUCAUGUAAUAUCGGCGCUUGAAGCUUAAAAACAAUUCUAAUUAGUGUGAUUAAAUUAUGAUUUUGAACUAUGUUUUUAGUCAUUUUUCUUUUUAUUUUCUUUUAGGAUGAUAAUAUAAAGCUCUAAGGAAAUACAGAUAAAAAUAUGAACCCAUGGAGUACCACCUUAAAAUGCACUUUAAUCAGACACUUCGUAUAAAAUACUAAUAUCGAUAUUUUGUUACUCCAUUUCAAAUUCACUUCACUUUCGAUCAGAAAUUAUUAUUUUUUAAAUCAAAAUUUUGUUUGUGUGUUCAAUCCUGUAAAGGUUUGACCACCAAUUCAUUACCAUCAUUUCUCAUUGUCCCAAUUUUUAUGUUAUAUCUAAUCCUGGACGAUGAUGUGCGAUUUAACGAAGAAUUAUUAUUAGUAAAACCAACAGGCAAUCAUUAGAAUAGCUUACAUCGAUAGAAUUAAUUUAUUUUUUAAAUGUUUUGGAUUAGUGUGUUAAUUUAUGACAAGAAAAAAAAAAUGAAAUGAAAAAUGAAGGAAAAUUCUUUUUGUUUAAGUGUUUUAUGUAAAAUCGAACGGAUUAUUCGCAGAGAUAUGAACGGUCCAUUUAUUGAAUAUAAUAUUUUAGUUAGCGCAUAAAAAUUAUAUUUUUGGCAUUGUAUUAGAUAGUUGUAAUUAAUUGAUUAAAAUAUGUAGUACAUGAUGGCAUGAUAAUAUGAAUUAAACCAACAAAAUUACAUUGA